CCUGAGAUCGCCACUAUGUCUGCUGGGGAAGAAGGGAGCCGGGGCCGCCCCAAGUCGAAGGGCAAGACCCUGAGCAGCUUCUUCGGGUCCCUGCCUGGCUUCGGCGCUGCCCGGAACCUGGUGGCCAACGCCCGUGGCUCCGGGAAGGAGGCCCGGCCGCCCCCCGACCCCUCGGCCACGCCAGCUCGGGCCCAGGCGGCCCCGGAGCCGGAGCAGGUGGCCGGGGAACCGGAGAAGCUGCCGGAGCCUUCGGAUGAGCUGACCGCAGCGGCCCAGGCGGGCUCCACGACGACGCGGACCAAGGACGCCCUCUCCUCGGGGAUAACCAGCAUGCUGGACUCGGCCAAGGGUGUGGUCCAGGGCGGCCUGGACACCACACGGUCAGCCCUGGCCAGCACCAAGGAUGCAGCAUCUGAAGGGGUCCUGGGGGCCGUGGGGCUGGCCAAAGGGGUGAUGCAAGGGGGGCUGGACACCUCCAAGGUGGUCCUCACAGGUACCAAGGACACGGUGGCCACCGGACUCUCGGGAGCCGUAAACGUGGCCAAGAGCACCAUGCAGGUGGGCGUGGACACCAGCAAGACCGUGCUGACUGGAACGAAGGACACAGUGGCCACCGGGCUCACAGGCGCUGUGAACGUGGCCAAAGGGACAGUACAGACCGGCCUGGACACCACCAAGUCUGUGGUCAUGGGCACCAAGGACACAGUGGCCACUGACCUCAUGGGGGCUGUGGAUGUGGCCAAAGGGACAGUCCAAACGGGUCUGGACACUUCGAAAGCUGUCCUCACAGGCACAAAAGAUACAGUGGCCACAGGGCUCACGGGGGCCGUGAAUGUGGCCAAAGGCACAGUGCAGACCGGCCUGGACACCACCAAGAGCGUGCUGACCGGCACCAAGAAUACCGUGGCCCCUGGGCUCACAGGAGCUCUGAACAUGGCCAAAGGGACGGUGCAGACCGGCCUGGACACUUCAAAGACCGUGCUGACCGGCACGAAGGACACAGUCAGCAGUGGGGUCACUGGCGCCAUCAAUGUGGCCAAGGGGACAGUGCAGACCGGCCUGGACACGUCAAAGGCUGUCCUCACAGGCACAAAAAAUACAGUGGCCACCGGGCUCACAGGGGCUGCGAACAUGGCCAAGGGAACGGUCCAGACCGGCCUGGACACCACCAAGUCUGUGGUCAUGGGCACCAAGGACACAGUGGCCACUGGCCUCAUGGGGGCUGUGGAUGUGGCCAAAGGAACAGUCCAAACGGGUCUGGACACUUCGAAAGCUGUCCUCACAGGCACAAAAGAUACAGUGGCCACAGGGCUCACGGGGGCCGUGAAUGUGGCCAAGACGGCCGUGCAGGCUGGCGUGGACACCAGCAAGACCGUGCUGACCGGAACGAAGGACACAGUCAGCAGUGGAGUCACCGGCGCCAUCAAUGUGGCCAAAGGGACGGUGCAGACCGGCCUGGACACGUCAAAGGCUGUCCUCACGGGCACCAAAAACACAGUGGCCACGGGGCUCACAGGCGCCAUGAAUGUGGCCAAGAGCGCCGUGCAGGCUGGCGUGGACACCAGCAAGACCGUGCUGACCGGCACGAAGGACACAGUGGCCACCGGGCUCACAGGGGCUGCAAACAUGGCCAAGGGAACGGUCCAGACCGGCCUGGACACCACCAAAUCUGUGGUCAUGGGCACCAAGGACACAGUGGCCACUGGCCUCAUGGGGGCUGUGGAUGUGGCCAAAGGGACAGUGCAGACCGGCCUGGACACAUCAAAGGCUGUCCUCACGGGCACCAAAAACACAGUGGCCACAGGGCUCACCGGGGCUGUGAACGUGGCCAAGAGCGCCGUGCAGGCUGGCGUGGACACCAGCAAGACCGUGCUGACCAGCACGAAGGAUACAGUGGCCACUGGGCUCACAGGGGCUGCAAACAUGGCUAAAGGGACAGUCCAAGCGGGCCUGGACACUUCAAAGGCUGUCCUUACAGGUACUAAAAAUACAGUGUCCACGGGGCUCACGGGGGCCACAAAUGUGGCCAAGAGCGCCGUGCAGGCUGGCGUGGACACCAGCAAGACCAUGCUGACCGGCACGAAGGACACGGUCAGCAGUGGGGUCGCUGGCGCCAUCAAUGUGGCCAAGGGGACAGUGCAGACCGGCCUGGACACCACCAACAAGACCAUGCUCACUGGAACAAAAGACUCAGUCAGCAGUGGGGUCACUGGCGCCAUCAAUGUGGCCAAGGGCGCUGUCCAGGGUGGCCUGGACACUUCGAAAGCUGUCCUCACAGGCACAAAAGAUACAGUGGCCACAGGGCUCACGGGGGCCGUGAAUGUGGCCAAAGGCACAGUGCAGACCGGCCUGGACACCACCAAGAGCGUGCUGACCGGCACCAAGAAUACCGUGGCCCCUGGGCUCACAGGAGCUCUGAACAUGGCCAAAGGGACAGUGCAGACCGGCCUGGACGCUUCAAAGGCUGUCCUCACGGGCACCAAGAACACAGUGUCCACGGGGCUCACAGGCGCCAUGAAUGUGGCCAAGGGGACAGUGCAGACCGGCCUGGACACCACCAAGUCUGUGGUCAUGGGCACCAAGGACACAGUAGCCACCGGGCUCACAGGGGCCACAAACGUGGCCAAGAGCGCCGUGCAGGCUGGCGUGGACACCGGCAAGACCAUGCUGACAGGAACGAAGGACACAGUGGCCACCGGGCUUUCAGGGGCUGUGGACGUGGCCAAGAGCGCCGUGCAGGCUGGCAUGGACACCAGCAAGACCAUGCUGACCGGCACGAAAGACACAGUCAGCAGUGGGGUCACUGGCGCCAUCAAUGUGGCCAAGGGGACAGUGCAGACUGGCCUGGACACCACCAAAUCUGUCAUCCUGGGCACCAAGGACACAGUGUCCACGGGGCUCACGGGGGCCACAAAUGUGGCCAAGAGCGUCGUGCAGGCUGGCGUGGACACCAGCAAGACCAUGCUGACCGGAACGAAGGACACGGUCAGCAGUGGGGUCACUGGCGCCAUCAAUGUGGCCAAGGGCGCUGUCCAGGGUGGCCUGGACACUUCGAAAGCUGUCCUCACAGGCACAAAAGAUACAGUGACCACGGGGUUCACGGGGGCCGUGAAUGUGGCCAAAGAGACAGUGCAGACCGGCCUGGACACCACCAAGAGCGUGCUGACCGGCACCAAGAAUACCGUGGCCCCUGGGCUCACAGGAGCUCUGAACAUGGCCAAAGGGACAGUGCAGACCGGCCUGGACGCUUCAAAAGCUGUUCUUACAGGUACUAAAAACACAGUGUCCACGGGGCUCACAGGCGCCAUGAAUGUGGCCAAGAGCGCCGUGCAGGCUGGCGUGGACACUGCUGGUGCUGCGCGGAGUGGGGCCCCGGGCAGCCUCGACGGGGGCGGAGCCCACAGUGAGCUCAUGGAUGCACACGGGGUAGACAUAGCGCCUGCCGGGCUCUGCCAUGAGCUGCGAGGGCUGGGGGAGCUCUUCCACCCCAUGAGCGCCCAGGAGCAAGCCCAGCUGGAGGCCUCGGAGCCGGGGCCGAAGGUGCUCUCGGCUGACCAGGCCAGCUACUUCGUGUGCCUCGGGGACCUGGCCCCCGGCUUCCGCCAGCGGGCUUUCGAGCACAGCCUGAGCCACGUUCAACACAGUCAGUUCCAGGCCCGGGACGCCCUGGCCCAGCUGCAGGACGCCUUCCAGACGAUGCAGGCCGAGGUGCAGGCUCCAGGAGAGCAGCAGUGUGGAGAUGGAGAAGCUAGCCCCACAGCGGACCACACAGGGAACCAAGAGGCACCAGGCGCCGAGGCUCUGUCCAGGGUCUGCACCCUCCUCCGCCAGCUGCACUCGGCCUACAGCGGCCUGGCCUGCGGCCUGCGGGGCCUGUCGGAGCCCCAGCGGCAGCUGGGCCGUGCCCGCCACAGCCUGUGUGAGCUCUACAGCCUGGUGUCCUCCGUGGGCUCCGCCGUGGAGCUGCCAGCCGAGCGCCUGGCCCAGAGCCGGGAGGGUGUGAGCCGCGCGUGGCAGGGGCUGGAGGCACGGCUGGAGGCCCUGCAGCACAGCCCCCCGCUCGGCUGGCUCGUGGGGCCCUUCGCCUCGGGCCCCCGCGCGCACCCGCUGUAGGCAUCUGCGGCCCCA